AUGGCUCCUUUUAUAACAUAUUUAUCAUCCGUGCAACAACUAUUAACGCGAUACGCUAUGACUACAUAUACAACAUUGGGAAAUAUCGGCAAUAUAUUAACAAUAGCUGUUUUUUGUCAAUCUGGUCAACUUAAAAGUUCUUGUUCACUUUAUUUAUUAUUUAUGACAAUAUGCAAUUUUAUUUGUCUUAAUUUUGGUACAAUACCGAAUAUAUAUACAUUAGAUCAUAUUGAUAUUGCCAGUCAAUAUCUUUGGGCUUGUAGAAUUCAAUUUUAUAUUCGACAUGCUUUCUAUCAAAUGAUGCGAACUUAUAAAGUUCUUGCUUGUAUAGAUCGUUAUGCUAGUUGCAGUAUGAAUUCUCACAUUCGUUCAUUCAGUAGACGUAAAAUGGCUAUCUAUAUAAUAAUAGGUAGUGCUGUAUGUUGGUUACUAAUAACCAUAUUUUUUAGUUGGAUGCGAACUAUUGAAAACGGUUCCUGUAAUAUAUUUGAUAAUGUUUACUCAAUGAUCUAUGCAGUUUAUCAUAUGAUAUCUGCUGGCAUCAUUCCACCGUCACUGAUUGCAAUAUUUACUGUAUUAGUAAUAAGAAAUUUAAAACAAGUACGAACUCGUGUUCAACCAAAUGGAAGACAUACAGAAAAUAUAAAAUCGACUAGUUUUCUUAGGAAACGUGAUCGAGAUUUAAUUAAGAUGAUUUUCGCUGAAGUUAUAUUUUAUGUUUUGAAUACAAUGCCAUUUUCAAUUUAUCUAAUUUAUAGAUUGAUAGCACGUUCUUUAAUAAAAAGUCAAGAACAAAAACAAAUCGAAUCAUUUAUUACAUACAUGUUACAAUCAUUUAUUUUGUACUUUGAUACCGCUGUACCAUUUUAUAUCUAUAUUUUAAUAUCAUCAUCGUUUCGAACCCAAUUGAAACGCGUUUUAAUCAAGUUUUAUGCUUUUAUAACUAGAAAAAGAAUCAGAGAUGGAAAUAAUGAUAACAAUUGA